AUGAGUCGCACACGAGUCCUCCCAUCCUCGCGUGCGGCUUGCUUGAAACGCAACCGCUUCACCCAGCAGCCGUGCCACUCCGACAAACUGCCGACGUCCUCAAGGACCGACUUGUUCACAGGCUCGCUCGCCUCUCAUGCUAUGACAGAUAAGCGACGGGCGGGUGAGUGA